GGUAUAGCACGCUCCCACAUUGUUGCACACAGCACUGAGGCGGCCCUGAAUCACUUCUUUCUUCCCUCGUUUCCUUGAGCAGCUCUCUAAAUCAACCCGGCGCACGUCGAAUCACACAACACACUUUCGCUCAUCAUGCCUGUCUGGACGCGCGCUCUGCGCAUUCUACAAAGCUACGGGGUUGAUUGGGCCAUGGCGGUUCUUAUAGCCCUCUUCGCCAAUUUCUUUCUCGAUCGAUUUCAGAACAUACCGGACUUCGACUUGACGGAUACGACUAUACAGCACUCUUUCGUACCGAAAGAGGUCUUUCCAAACUCCACGUUGGCCUAUAUUCUUGUCUUUGCCUACGUGCUGGUCGUCAUCAGCAAUCUAGUCCUGAGCCGGAACAUGUGGGACCUGCAUCAUGCACUCCUCGGGCUGACGGUCGCGUUUGCUUUCAUGGGCACAUUCGUCGAGGUGGUCCGAAUCACCGUGGGCCGUCCUCGUCCAGACUUUAUUUCUCGCUGUAACCCAUUCGCGAACGCAACCAAUCAAGUACAUUUCGGGCUCGCCAACCUCACAGUUUGUCAGACGGCCGCCGACGACCCGCUGAUCAAAGACGGCAUGCGAAGUUUCUUCAGUGGGCAUGCCUGCCUCUCUGCGGCGGGCCUAGGGUUUCUCAGCUUGUACUGGGCCGGAAAACUGCAACUGUUCAAUCAGAAAUCUUAUUCCUCGAAAGCCUGGCUCGUGUUUCUGCCACUGCUUGGGUCCAUAUACAUCUGCAUCACUCGAGUAACAGACCAUCGACACCAUCCUGAGGAUGUUAUACUUGGUUUUUUCUUGGGUGUCUUCACUGCAUACAUCUUCUAUCGGCAAUUCUUUCCUAGCCUGGAGGACCUAAACUCACAUCUGCCGCACCCCCCACGCUUUCCAUCGACGACAGACCGUGGAUCCUUGCGAAGGUGGGGUCCCGCCGCCUUAUUCCCGUCUGCUGCCGACGAUGACGGCCCAACACCCCUCCUUCCCAUGAACAGGGCGGAUAACCGUCGCCCUCCGUCUUCUCAUGCCUCUGUUGAAGCCGAUCUGGCUUCUCAUGGAUUCACGACCACGCCUUUCAAUGCACCUGACGAAUCUGCAACGGACUAUGUUGGACUGCCUGUGAAACCUACAUAGCCUUUGCAUAGUAACAAUUCCUUCGUAGCACUACUGUUGCUAAGACUAUUGCCAUUCUCACGAGAAUUUG